AUAGCCACAGGAGGACAUCAGGGCACGGGACAGGCGGCAGACGGGGUAGCAGAGGAAGAGGGGCGGGCCGGAGUCUGGGGGCGCAAUGCCCGGGCCGCGCGGCCCCGAGGAGCGCCGGGCGCUGCUGGGGCGCGGGCCGCAGGGUGCCCGACGGCGGUGGCGGCGCGCGGCGGCGGCCGCGGUGCUGCUAGUGCAGAUGCUGGAGCGCGCCGCCUUCUUCGGCGUGUCCUCGAACCUGGUGCUCUACCUCACGGGCGUGGACCUGCACUGGGCCGGCGGGCAGGCGUCGCGGGCCGAGCUCGUCUUCCUGGGCGCGUCCUACCUGCUGUCGCCGGUGGGCGGCUGGCUGGCCGACGUCUACCUGGGCCGCUACCGCGCCCUGACGCUCAGCCUGCUGCUCUACCUGGCGGCCGCCGGCCUGCUGGCCGCCACCGCCUCCUCCGACGGCCGCCCGUCCUUCUGCGGCGAGAUGCCCGCGCAGCCGCUGGAACCCGGCUGCCCCGAGUCCGGCUGCCCGCCCGCCCCGCGCAGCCCCUACUGCGCGCCCACCAUCUGCAGCGCGCUACUGCUGCUGGCUCUGGCCGCCAGCUCCGUGCGCAGCAACCUCACCUCCUUCGGGGCCGACCAGGUGACGGUCCUGGGCCGCCAGGCCAGCAUCCGCUUCUUCAACUGGUUUUACUGGAGCAUCAACGUGGGGGGCGUGCUGUCCCUACUGGUGGUGGCCUUCGUCCAGCAGAACAUCAGCUUCCUGCUGGGCUACUACAUCACCGUGGGCUGCGUGGCCCUGGCCUUCUUCACCUUCCUCUUUGCCACCCCCAUAUUCAUCACCAAGCCCCCCAUGGGCAGCCAAGUGUCCUCCAUGCUGAAACUCGCCUUCCAAAACUGCUGUCCCCGGCUGCGGCGCCCACACCCUGAAAGAGCCCCUGACGGCGCCCACUUGCUCCCUGCUCAGAGGUCCCCCCAGGGCCCUUCCCCCCAGGAGGACGUGGCCAACUUCCAGGUUCUGGUGAAGAUCCUGCCUGUGCUGGUGACGCUGGUGCCCUACUGGACGGUGUACUUCCAGAUGCAGUCCACCUACGUGCUCCAAGGCCUUCACCUCCAGAUCCCCAACUUCUUCCCAGCCCCCACCAACAUGUCCGUGGCUCUGAAGGCCCAAAGCAAAAGCUACAAGUUCCCGGAAGCCUGGCUCUUCCUGGCCAACGUGGUGGUGCUGCUGGUCCUGGUGCCCGUGAAGGACCACCUGCUCGACCCCCUGCUCCUGCGGUGCAAGCUGCUGGCCUCGCCCCUGCGCAAGAUGGCCCUGGGCAUGUUCUUCGGCUUCGCCUCCGUUGUUGUGGCAGGGGUCCUGGAACACGAGCGCUUACAGUAUGUCCAGCGCAAGUGGGUCACAAAGCAGUACAUCGGGGACAACCUGUAUGACGCCGCAUGCCUGUCCAUCUGGUGGCAGAUCCCUCAGUACCUGCUCAUUGGGAUCAGUGAGAUUUUUGCCAGCAUCUCAGGCCUGGAGUUCGCCUACUCGGAGGCCCCUCGCUCCAUGCAGGGCGCGCUCAUGGGCCUCUUCUUCUGCCUGUCGGGCGUGGGUUCGCUGCUGGGCUCGGGCCUGCUGGCCGUGCUGUCGCUGCCCGGCGGCUGGAUGCACUGCCCCCAGGAUUCUGGAAACAUCAACAGCUGCCACAUGGACCUCUACUUCUUCCUGCUGGCCGGCAUGCAGGCGGCCGCGGCCCUGCUGUUCAUCUGGAUCGCGGGACGCUACGAGCGGGCGGCGCGGAACCCAACAGUGCAGGGCGCCCCAAGCAGGGACCGGGGCUGAGCACCCCCAACCCCCAACCCCCCCAAACACACAGACAGCGAGGGAGGGGCCCCAGGUUUCCGUCUCCGUUUAUUCUGUACCCGACAUCAGAAUGAAUGAAAGUGGUUCCCAUAAAUAA